CAAUCUCUUCACUCAGUAAACUUCACUUACAUUACAAAUAGUCAAAUACAGAAAUACUCCAAUUUUCUUAUCACCCAUUAACAUAGAAUUCAUGGCUUCUAUGGCUUCUUCAAGUGCUCCAUUGAUCCUUCUAGUGCUUCUUCUUGGGUCAAUCAUGGUUGCCUCAGCUGCUAACUUGAACCAAGAUUUUGACAUUACAUGGGGAGAUGGCCGUGCUAAUAUAAUCAACAAUGGUGAGCUCCUUACUCUCUCACUAGACAAAACUUCUGGCUCAGGAUUCCAGUCCAAGAAUGAAUAUCUAUUUGGAAAGAUUGAUAUGCAGCUCAAGCUUGUCCCUGGAAACUCUGCUGGCACUGUCACUGCCUAUUAUUUGUCCUCGAAAGGAUCAACAUGGGAUGAGAUAGACUUUGAAUUCUUGGGGAAUCUGAGUGGUGAUCCUUAUAUACUUCACACUAAUGUGUUCAGCCAAGGCAAGGGCAACAGAGAGCAGCAAUUCUAUCUAUGGUUUGACCCAACUGCAGAUUUUCACACUUAUUCCAUACUUUGGAAUCCCCAACGCAUUAUUUUCUCUGUGGAUGGCACUCCUAUUAGAGAGUUCAAGAACUUGGAGUCAAAUGGUGUUCCAUUCCCAAAGAAUCAACCAAUGAGGAUAUACUCUAGCCUCUGGAAUGCUGAUGAUUGGGCCACAAGGGGUGGACUUGUCAAGACUGAUUGGACACAAGCUCCUUUCACUGCUUCCUAUAGAAACUUCAACGCAAAUGCUUGUGUUUGGACCUCUGGGGCAUCCUCCUGCGGUUCAAACUCUCCCUCUGCUACUUCUAGCAAUAAUGCUUGGCUCUCACAAGAGUUGGAUUCAGCUAGUCAGCAGAGAUUGCAAUGGGCGCAGAAGAACUAUAUGAUAUACAACUAUUGCACAGACACAAAGAGGUUUCCCCAAGGCCUUCCUACAGAAUGUACCACAUCCUAGGCAAAAAUAGGACUACGAACCUCCGUCAAUUCUUUUAUUUUUUUUGUAACUCUCUGAUUAAUUUCAUGGUCUCUAUGUAAGUUGUAACAUACGUAAUAUAAUUCUUUUAUUCUUUUUAA